AUGUUUCGUCAAGUUUUGAUAAAUCCUGAAGAUCGACGCUAUCAACUUAUCAUUUGGAGAAGCAGUCCAAAUUCAACGAUUCGUUAUUAUCAGCUAAACACAAUUACAUAUGGGACUCGAGCAGCUCCUUACCUAGCAACAAGAUGUCUGCAAAAGAUAGCAUCAGAAAACAAGGUGAAUUAUCCAUUGGGAGCUCAAAUCCUGUGUGACAAUUUCUACGUUGACGAUGAGCUCGGUGGAUCAGAUAGUUUAAUUACGGCUAUUGAAGCUCAAAGGCAAUUAAUCCAUAUUUUAAAGAAGCAUCAGUUUUAUCUACGGAAAUGGAGUUCAAAUCAUCCUCAACUUUUGAAAAACAUUUCUCAAGAUGAUCAAGAGGUAAAUCUAGAUUUUACUAAUGAUAAUAACGAGUCAAUCAAAACGCUGGGACUAUUUUGGUUGCCCAAAGCGGAUUUAUUUGGAAUUAAGGUCAAAAUGGUUACUGAAGGUAUAAUCACGAAGAGAGUCGUUAGUUCUGAUUUAGCUAGACUGUUCGACCCACUUGGGUUAUUAGCUCCAGUAAUAGUGAAGGCAAAGAUUUUCAUACAACACUUAUGGCAGUUGAAAUUAUCUUGGGAUGAACCACUUCCUACAGAUCUUCGUACAACAUGGUCAACAUUUAGAGAAAACUUAAGUAAUCUUGAAAAUCUUCAGGUGGCAAGACAUAUCUUCAGAGGCGAGGUUCCAUCAUCAACACAGCUACAUAUUUUUGCUGACGCAUCUGAAAAGGCAUUUGGUGCUGCAGUGUAUGUCAGAGCAAUUUUAAAAGAUGGUAGAAUAAUAUUGCGACUAUUAUGUGCAAAGUCAAGAGUAGCACCACUCAAAAAACAAACGCUACCGCGACUAGAGCUAUGUGCUGCAGUCUUAGCAGUGGAACUCUCAGCAAGAGUGAAAAGCGAUCUUCAAGAGAAGGACCAGCCGGUAUUUUUGUGGACUGAUUCAGAAAUUGUGUUGUCUUCGAUCAACUCACAGUCCUUAUCAUUUCAAACAUUUGUAGCUAACAGGGUGGCAAGAAUUCAAACUUUAACUCUGUUUGAACAGUGGCGACAUGUUAGAUCAAAGGACAACCCAGCUAAUGUGUUAUCAAGAGGACUUUCAGCAAGGGCGUUGUCAACAUGUGCACUUUGGUUUCAAGGACCGUUCUUUUUGCAUGGAAGGCAGGAAGUAUGGCCACCAAGGUUUUCAUCAUCAUUACAAGUUCCAGUUGAUCUGGAGAAGAAAAAGGUUGUAGCUGUAGCAACUCAAUGCAAUGACGCAGAUUUCAUAUACAGGAUUCAGCACAAGAAUUCAUUUAAGAAAUUACAAAAGAUAGUAGCAUAUGUUCUUAAAUUCACUAACAAUGCAAGAAAAUCAAAGGAGUCACGUGCCACACAUAUAGUACUUAGUGCCAACGAAUUGGAUGCAGCAUUAAUAACUAUAAUAUGUCACAUUCAGGGUAAUGAUUUUCAUGAAGAAAUCAAACAACUGAAGAAACAAGGUCAUGUUGACAAAUCUAGUUCAAUCAGUAGUUUAUCUCCAUUCACUGAUAAUGCAAAUGUUCUUAAAGUAGGAGGACGCUUAGAAGCCUCAUCAUUACCAUACGAUUCUAAACACCCAAUGCUGAUCCCAUACAAUGAUCCAUUGGCAAAAUUAUUAUUCGUAAUGUUCCAUGAAGAAAACAAACACUGUGGCCCACAGGCACUAUUGAGUACAGUCCGACAACGUUUUUGGCCGAUUAAAGGUAAAUCAACAGCCCGAGCAACGGUUCAGCGAUGCAUUCGAUGCAACAAAGCACGUCCGUAA